AUGGGGAAACAAAGAUUAACCGCUCUAGACAUCAGAGCAAUAAUAACAUCUUGUAAGAAUAGUAUUAUUGGAUCGGUUGUUACAAAUAUUUAUAAUAUCUCAAAUAAAAUAUAUGUGUUAAAAUGUUCUAAAAAGGAACAGAAAUAUUUUCUGCUGGUAGAGGCAGAAAAAAGAGUGCACAUAACCGAAUGGGUGAGGGAAAAGGAUGUAAUGCCAUCAGGAUUUACUAUGAAAUUAAGAAAACAUUUAAGAUCCCGUAAAAUAACAAAUAUAUCACAAUUAGGUGGCGAUAGAGUAAUUGAUAUUCAAUUUGGAUAUGACGAUAAUGUAUAUCAUUUAAUUGUUGAAUUGUAUAUUGCUGGGAAUAUUAUACUUACAAAUAAUGAUUAUAAAAUAAUAUUUAUUUUAAAAAGUAAUGAUGAUAAUAAAAAAAAUUUGAAGAUAAAUGAAAUAUAUAAUGUUGAAGAUCAUAACUCUGUGAUGUUAUACAAAUAUUUGGAUAUAAUUAAUAAUGAGAAUGUAAAAAAAAGUAUUAAUGAAAUAUUAAUGAUUCAUAAUAAAUCUGAAAUUGAGAAUUCAAACAAAGCUGCUACUGCUUCUACUACUGUUAUUACUCAUGAAGCAAUGAAUGUGGGAAAUGGGAACAUGUUCGAGAAAAAUGUGACAAAGUCAGGAAAUAUGAAGUUAUUAAACUGCGAAAAGAAUGAUAGUGUAAAACUAAAAAAAAAAUCUGGAUCGCAAAAUAUAAAAAAUUGUUCAAAUUCCCGAAAAGGUCAUGGUGCAAUAUCAUUUGAUAACUCUAAUAAUGUCUUUAAUGAUAAAAAUAAAAAUGACGAUAUACAUGAUGAUAAUAAAAAAAAUAAAAAAACAAAAAAAAUAAAAACAUUGAGUGAAUUAGGUAGUAAAUUAAUUUUAUUUGCCCAUAACGAUUUAAUAAUGCACUCAUUAAUUGAAUGUAAUUUGAAUCCUCAUGAUUUAGUGGGCAAGUAUGAUGUUAAUACUUUAACAGAAAUAUUUUUUAAAGUAAUAAAUGAAUGUAUGAAAAUAUUCAAUAUGAUGUGUAAUGAAGAAAAUGUAAUUUAUGGAUAUGGUUUUAUUCCAAUUGAUGAAAAAUCAUCGAUUAUGAAUAAAAAUAAAAAUGAGGAAAAGAUUGGAAAAGAUGAGAGUUUUAUUUUUGGUAAUGGAACAAAUAAAGAUAUUAAUUCAAUUGAUGAAAAUAAAUUAGAUAAUGAUCGAUUAUUUGUUGAAUUUAGUCCGAUUCUUCUUAAAAGUCAUAUAAAUAAAAUAAAUGAGAAAAAAAUUGAGAUAAUAAAAUUUGACAAUUUUAAUAUGUGUGUAGAUACAUAUUUUAGUAAAAUGGAAUUAACAAAAUAUGAUAAACAUCAAGAAAUGAAUAAAAGGAAAAAUGCGCUUACAAAAAUUGAUAAAAUAAAAUUAGAUCAUGAAAGAAGAAUUGAAGGAUUAGAAAAAGAGGUAAGUAUAUUAAAAAAGAAAAUAUCAUUAAUUCAAUUAAAUGAUGAAUUUGUUGGUGAAGCAAUAAAACUAAUGCGUUCUGCAAUUUCUACAAGUGCUAAUUGGGAACAAAUAUGGGAUCAUAUAAAGUUAUUUAAAAAACGAGACCAUCCAAUAGCCUUAAAAAUAAUGUCUGUAAAUUUUAACAAUUGUGAAAUGGAAUUAUUAUUGAAUGAUGAUGAUAUAGAAGAAAAUGGUGAUGAUAAUAAUUUAAAAAACAAUAGUUGGAAAGAAAAAAUAGCGGAUAAAAAUAGCAAAACAUGCACAGUAACAAUAAACUUAAACAAUUCAGUAUAUGGUAAUAUUGAGGAUUAUGAAAAGUUAAGAAAAAAAGCAGAAGAAAAAAUUCGUAAAAUAAAAAUGUCAACUAAUAUGGCUGUAAAAAAAGUUGAGAAGAAAAAAAAAGAUAAAGAUACAAAACAAAAAGGUAAAAAUAAAUCAGUUUUUCAGAUUAAAAAAUUAAGAAAAGUAUUCUGGUUUGAAAAAUUUAAUUGGUUUAUAUCAUCUGAAAAUUAUUUAGUAAUAUCUGGAAAAGAUUCUUUACAAAAUGAAAUAUUAUUUAGAAGGUAUUUUCAAAAUAAUGAUAUAUAUGUGCAUGCUGAUGUUCAUGGUGCAGCAACAUGUAUAAUAAAAAACCCAUACAAAGACAUAUCAAUUCCUGAAAAAACUCUUUUUGAAGCUGGUCAAUUAGCUAUGUGUAGAAGUUCAUCGUGGAAUAACAAAAUAAUAACAUCUGCUUGGUGGGUAUAUUAUCAUCAAGUUAGUAAAACAGCACCUACUGGUGAAUAUAUAAAAACGGGAUCUUUUGUAAUAAGGGGGAAGAAAAAUUAUUUGCCAUAUGCUAAGCUCGAAAUGGGAUUGUGCAUAAUAUUUCAAGUUAAUAAACAGAUGGAUGAUAAUAAUAAAGAAAAUGCAUUAAAUGGUGAUAAGCAAAAUUAUGAAAGUAUUAAUUCAGGAGAUGAAAAUGGUGAAAAUGUAGGUAAAACGUCAACUGGAGGUGAUGCUACUAAUUGUGUAAAUUAUAUGAACGAUUCAAAUAACAGAAAUUUUCAGGAUAGUAAAAUGAUAAAUGAAAAGAUAACUUCUUUAAGUUUAUCAAAUAUGAAAAAUUGUGUAAUGUGGAAAAGUAUAAGAAUUUUUUUACGAGGGACAUGUAAGUAUUAUUUGAGAAAAAAAGGAAAUAAAAAAUAUUUGAAAAAUAAAUAUAUUAAAUUAAUUUUAAAAUGUCUAAAUAGAGUAGAUUCGAUAAAUAUUUAUAAAAAAAACAUGAUUAGUAAAUUCGGAAUAUGUGAUAAUUACAGAAAUGAAAUUAUUUCGAUGUUAUGCAAACUUUGUUUUUCCAAGCUAUGUAUAAAUAUGAAAAAUGAUGAAAUAAAAUUAUUUUUUGAAUUUUUACACAAAAUAAAAAAUCGUGAAUGUAUUCAAUGUUAUAUUUGUAGAUCAUUUCAUAAGACUUGUAAGAUUGUUUUAUCAGGAAUAUUCAAAUUGAUUAAGCAAUUGUUUUUAUAUUUCAAUUGCAAUAGUUCAAAUAAGUUCAGAGGUACAUUUUUAGGUUUUUUUUUUUUUAAUAAGUGCUUAAAGAGUUUUGAUAGAGCAAUUAAAAAGUUAAUGAAUGAUAGUAUAUUUUUUUAUUUUAUUCAUAAAACAUAUUUAUUAAAAAAUUACGAUAAAAAAGCAGUGGAAUGUUGUAAGGAUGAAUUGAAUAGAUUUGUUGGUGCAAAUAAAAAUAAUAAUUUUAUAAAAAAUGAAAAACAUUUAUCUUAUGAUAUCAAUAGGGAUACAUUAAUGUAUGUUAUGAGAAAUCAGAUUAAUGAAAAUAUAAAACGAAAUUUGAUGAUGGAAAAUGAUUAUGUACUUGAUAAUAAAACAAUGAAAGUAUGUUUUAAGGCUUGUGAAGUAUAUGGUUUACCUCCUGUAGCAUUUAAAGAUGAUGAUAUAAAUGAUGAGGAUUCAAAAAAUUCGAAAAAUACUGGGUUUUCAAAUAAAAUGGUAUUAAAUGUCGUAAGUAGUGAUAAUGAGAAAUUGAAUGGUGAAGAAAAGAGACACAUUUCAUUUGAAAAUGUUGAAAAUUCGAUAAAAACUGAACGGCCAACAAGAACUAGGAAAGCAACUGGAUUUGUAAAAAUGGAUGUAAAAAAACUUCUUGAAGAAAUUGGCAAUGAAGAAGAAGAGGAGGAUAAUACUUACAGCGAAUGUAAGCGAGAAGAUAUUAAGGUUAGCUUUGAUGAGGAAAAAAAAAAAACUGUAGAAAAAAAAGGUGUAGCAUUUAAUUUUGAGAAUAAUAAUGUUUAUGAUAAUAAAAAUUGUAUGGUGAAUAUCUCACGCCCUGCAAGGACUCGAAAACCAACUGGUUUUGUAAAAGCAGAUCUGACAAAACUGCUCGAAGAAAUUGAUAAUGAAGAGCAAAGGGAAGAAAAAAGUGAGGCUGAAGGCAUUAGCCAAAAGGAUGUAUUAAAUUCGAAUAGUUCUACAACAAAUAUAAGAAAAAAAAGCGUCUCAUUUAGUUCAGAAGAUGAAAAUAUUUAUAUUGAGAGGCCAAUAACAUCAACUAUUCCCCCAAGACCAGUUAGAACUCGAAAACCAACUGGUUUUGUAAAAAUGGACAUUAGUAAAUUGCUUGAAGAAAUAUAUAACGAAGAAGAGAGUUGUGAAAAUGGAGAUAGCGAAAAGGGUAUAGGCGAAAAUGGAGAUGAGAUAAAAAAAGUAAAAUUCAGUGAUGUCGAAAAAAAUAUGAAUGCUGAAAAUGAUAAAACAAUAUCUGGGCCUGAAAAUCCAAUGAAGUUUUCAAGGCCAUUUAGGUCGAGAAAACCAACAGGUUUUGUAAAAAUGAAUGUUGAUGAUCUUCUUAAAGAUAUAGAAAUGGAUGAAACUGAGGAGGAUAGAAAUAGUAACACGGAAAAGGGUGCUGAAAACGAAGAAAAUAUUAAUGAUUCAGAAGAUGAAGAAAAUAUUAAUGAUUCAGAAGAUGAAGAAAAUAUUAAUGAUUCAGAAGAUGAAGAAAAUGGGCAAAAUAAUGACAAUGGAAAAAAUGAAAAAAACGGUUACAAAGAAAAUAUGGAAAAAGCCAAUGAAAAUUAUUCAAAUAAAAAAAACUCAAAUGAAACAAAGAAAGGAGAAAAAUUUAAUGAUAAAUUAUUUAAAAAUGAAAAUAAAAGCACAGUUCAUUUAUUAAGAGGAGCUCGAACAAAAAAAAAAAGAAUGAAAAAAAAAUAUCGAGGCCAGGAUGAUGAUGAUGAGGAAAGACAACUAUAUAUGAAAAUAAUUGGAUCACGAAAAAUGAAGUAUGAAACUGAAAAACUAAAAAAAGAAAAGGAUGAAAAAAAAAUAGAGAAGGUAGAAAAUAAAUACAAUAAACGUUCAAAUGAACUUAAAGGGAAUUAUGAGGAAAUAAACGAAGAUGAAAUGAAGAUGAAGUUAAGUGAAUUGAAUAAAUUGACUUUUUCACCAAAAGAAGGAGAUGUUAUAACAUGUGCAAUUCCGAUGUGUGCUCCUUAUUCUGCUAUACAGGGCCAUAAGUACAAAGUAAAAUUAAUUCCAGGAAAUGCAAAAAAGGGACAAAUUGCCAAAUCAUGCAUUUCUCAUUUUUUAAAAUGCUCAACUAAUGAUAUAGAGAAAAAGUUCAUUAAUGGGAUAUCAAUGGAUGAUUUGGGAAACUGUAUAAUAACAAAUUCGACAACUGAUCUACUGAAUUCAAAGUUUCGUUAA